GAGGACUUCCACCUUCCACCUUGCAGGUCCUCCUUGGAGACCACUGUGCCGAGGACUUUGUGGAUGAUAGUGACUUUUUGAGUACCACCGAGAGCGAGAGUACAAGUAGCAAACAGGUGCGUGCUAUCAUCGUCAGUCCAGUUAGUGGUUUCGAGUUCCACGAAGAUGUCGACCUCCCGUAGCAUCACAACUUUUGUGGUUUGGGCAAGUCUGCUGACUCACGUCUUCGGAUGUGGGAUCAACAUCAUUAAUCGAUGCCCUUACACUGUCACGACAUGUGCCCAGUCUAAUCGCGACCAACAAUUCAAAGGUAAGCUCAAUCAAUACAAUCUAGGAGCCGGACAAUCCCAAUAUUUGGACUUCGGCAGCUCUUGCGUGUGGCGCAACGGAGCGGUUUGGCCCUCAGUCAGAGGGAAGUGCGAGAGUGCUUUCGUGCCGAACGAGGCCAACGACUGGGACGUCACAAACUGGGCCGAGCUCAACCUCAACGCCAAUGGCCUCGACUACUACGACGUCAGCAACGUGGUGGCAUUCACCUUGCCCAUGAUGAUCAGGCCUACCAACCCCAGCCAGCAGCCCAGUGGUCGUCAAUGUGGUUCUCCUAAGUGCAUCAUCAACGACAUCAGAGGGUUCUGCAAAGGGAACAACAAGCUGAUCCAAUUCCCUACUGGCGCCCUGGUCUGCCAAAACACCGAUGGGCUUGCAGAGAGAGGACCCACCGACGGCACCCGGAUCUUCAAGAAUGCUUGUCCUGAUGCUUACAGCUACAACUUCGACGACGAUACGUCUGUGUUUGCCUGUCCGACAGGAACAAACUACGAAGUAAUCUUCUGUCCCACAAGUGGCGUCACUAACGAUACCAGUAACGAGGAGAGUCUACUCAUGGAAGAGGUCCAAAUGGAAUGAGUGCUGGACCCAACCAGCGGCUUUCUAAGACUGAUUCUUCGUCACUGUUCGAUUUAAGCAUCGGCGCAGGGACAUCACUCUGGCUUCACAGUUUCGAAUCAUAAAAGAGAAGACAGAGUGGACCGUGCAGUUGGUCUUUGCAGACAUCACGGACACUCUGACGCCGCAUGUGGUCAUCGGGAAGCUCAGUAAUGAUUAUAAUUACAGUAGCUUAGAUUUCUUCUACUCUGAAGAGUUUUGGGUACAGGAAUGGGAACUAGGAUUGGCUAGGAUUGAAUGCACGAGAUUAAGAAUUCAGCAAAUUGACUGCAUUGUGAUGACACUGAAUUCAAGGAUGACAGCCCUUUAUGCUCGUAUAUCAGGUUCACUGAAGUUACGGACUUUAAUAUAGGUGUCAAGCCCAUCGACUGGUUGCAGAUUGCACUCAGAAAUGUACAAAUGCAUUUGAGUUUAUACAUCUCAAGGUACCCACAACCAAACAUAAGAGUUUAUUAAACCUACCAUUUCAUGGCCAGUAAUGCAACGAUCCUCAAUUGUCAGUUUCCAAAAGGCCACGCAGAUCCGUCUGGGGAUCGGUUUGCUUCUCGUAUUAAAAGAAUGGAUUUGUACAGGUGCCUUUGUUUUCUGGCAUACGACUGUAGGUCCUAGAGUUUCAAAUCCUCCGGCAACGGGGAGUGAAGAGUCUCGAACAAAAGAAACAAGAGAGCAAUGCGCCUGAUAAUAGCCGGAAGCAAUUUUGCGACGUACGUUGCGAGUUUUUCUCCUGCGAUCUCAGAUUUUUCUUCUGAGGAGUAGGCGGCAGUGAGGGCGAUCGUCACUCUCGUACAUCCUCUUCGGUCGAUGCAGAAUUGAUCAUACCUGAAAAGUUAGGAAGAAACUGAAAUGAAAAGCAAUAAGCUGAAAUAAACGGCUGAGCUCGGCACGUACCUCUUCCGGAUGGCUUCGACGUCGAUCGGUGGAGAAGCUCCCGAUUCGCUUUGAUCCAGAAUUCCGAUCUCUCCCCCAGAUUCGAUCCCUCUAACUAAUCUGACGAUUCCUGCGAGGGUGGCUGACAGGAUACUCGUUUCCUACUCUUUGUCCACACGAACCCAAUUUAAAACAAGCCUCUAGAGAUCUGAUCUAUCUUGCCUAGAAUCUCAGCCUAGACAAGUCCGAGGUCUUUCCUCUUGGGAUCUUUAGGCUAAACUUCCGUAGAUCCACAAGGCCAAUGUCAAUGUGUCUAUGGUACAUCCUUUUCGGAAAUUCUACAAAUUUAAAUGAUCUUCUUCUGCAGGAAUUCUCGCCCCCGCAUGACGAUGACACUUCUGCCGCCGCCGCCGUCACAAACGUCGAGAGCUCGAGAGCAGUUUCAUCGUCCCCUACUCAAUCCUCCGAAUCUCAUCUCUAAACAAAGCCGCUGCCCCUUUCUCAGAGUUCUUCCCAAUCUCAUUCGACGACAGAAAACCCGAUUUUGAUCCUCCGACUCCGCCGGGCGCUAAGCUCUAGAAAGCAGAGAAUGAUCGGCAGUGCGCAUGAGGAACGAAAUCUCGUGGUCCCACUCAUUCCCUUGCACAGGCAAUCGGACUCAUGACGAACGAAAUCGAAUGUUCCCGGCGACGACGAUGCACUCAGAUGCCACAGAUCAUCGGAUCUAGAUUCGCACACAUUCAUUCUUGUUGAGCAAAGAUUGGACACUAGAGGAAGGAACUGAACUAGUCAUUCGAGGGAGGGAGGGAGGGAGGUCUGGGCUUGUGAUCGGCCAAGGAAAAGGAAGAUUAUGCCAUGAACAGAUGAUGCACUCACUGAUCAUUCGAGGUAAGGAGAAGGCGUCCGUCUGAUCAUGAUAGCAAAUCAAGUCGAUGCAAAUUGGAUCAAGAGCCAUCAUCAUCCCCAUCGGUGGUAUCUAGGAUAAGUUCGAGGAUCGUGAUGAAGGCGAGGGAAUCGUCUGUUUGGAUUGAGAGGCAAGACGUAUCGAGGACCCACGUAACUGAGAUUCUGCUGCAGCGUGGGGUGAGUGCGGCGACGCGCAACGCGUCGGGCGUAUCCGAGAUUCUCGAAAUUGAUUCUCUGGUACGGGUAGAAGAUCGGAUUGGGUAGCCCUGCAGGUCGCAGCAGCUCUGGGCGCAGCUUGCGGUCCUCGGGGUAGAUUGGUCUACGAUACGUGGGCGACAUGUGAAUCAGAUCGGAGUCACCUGGAUCGUAUGGAAUGUCCACUAGCAUUGCGCGUCUGGGUGCGCACGCGCGUCUGUGAUUGGGAGGGAAGCGGUAAGAGCUUGACAUUCUCAGUGAGAGAGAGAACUCAGCACAGGGAGCAACAUCAGUUUCUUCAAGAAUGUACGCACUCUGUCACUGGAUCCACGUGAUAGUCCUUUUGCAGUCGACACCAAAGGCUUGGAUCGUAGACAGUCGAUAAGGGAUUGCUAGCAGAGAUGAUUUUCUCAUGAAACUCAAGGAUUGGACAUCAUUCUGAAUUUGAAUGUCAACACAGGGAAGCUAAUGGAUGUGCAGGUCUCGCAUCGGACACAAACUGCAGAGGUGCGAAGCAUCCAAGUGGCAAAAUCUACGUAGCCGACAAAAAUGAUUCUUGGGGCGGAUUACAGAUGGAUACUCGAGGCCAAACAAGGAUCUGAGGGAAGGGAGUUGCAGAACAGAGAGGAAGGAAGGGAGAGAGGGAGAGAGGGAGAUGGUGAGAUGGACGAGUCACACAAAAGCUAAAAAUUUCACGAGAAUCAGACACCCGAGUGGU